CCAACUACGCUACGCAAAUCGAAACAAUUUCAGUCAGUUGAUAUUAGCACGUCGAAGGUGAUAGUCGUGCCUGUGUUCGAUAUUUACUGUGUAGUGUCGUGUUGGGAUUACAAUUAUUUCUACUGGACCUAGGGCACACGCCGUGCCCUCUACAAACAUACAUCAUACAGCCGUCAAAGAUGACCAUACAACCAAUUAGAAGAAAACCGUUUAAAGUGUUAAACACGUACCUAAACACAUAGGACAAAUUGUUAACUAACUAAAAGUAUUUAGUGUUCCUUUUUGAGUGAUAUUAGUGUAUAAGUGCCAUUGAUUAGUUAAAUAUAACAAUGUUGUUAAGUGUAUUGCUAUUUGUGGCUGUUGUGGGAGCUGAUAGGAGUAAUCUACCUCCAACUUGUGAUAGUAACAUCUAUUGCCAUGGGCCAUUACUGGAAACUGUACAAAUGGCAGGCCUGUACAAUGACUCCAAAACCUUCGUGGAUAUGAAGAUAAAGUCGUCUCCAAAGAUCACCAUGGACCGCUUUCAUGAAAUGAUGAACAGGACAGGUUCCCGACCGACAAAGGCUGAUAUUUCUGAGUUUGUUAGAGCUAAUUUUGACCCUGAGGGUUCGGAGUUCGAAGAAUGGACACCGACAGACUGGAAAAAUAAUCCUGCGUUCCUAGAAAAAAUUAAGGAUCCCCUCCUUCACCAAUGGGCUUCUGAUCUGAAUAAGUUAUGGUUAGAGCUGGGCAGAAAGAUGAAGGAUGAGGUCAAGCAUAAUCAGGAUCUCUACUCUAUCAUUUAUGUUGAUAACCCGUUUAUUGUCCCUGGUGGACGAUUCCGUGAGUUCUACUACUGGGAUUCCUAUUGGAUCAUCAAGGGUCUACUUCUUUCCGAGAUGCAUUCAACUGCUCGUGGGAUGGUCACCAAUUUCUUGGAUGUAGUGGACCGGAUUGGCUUCAUACCCAAUGGCGGGAGAAUUUAUUAUAAGAUGAGAUCUCAGCCACCACUUCUAAUUCCAAUGGUAAAGUUAAUUUUUGACGAUUCCGGAGACAUGGAAUACUUGAGGCAGCACAUACAUACUCUAGACCGCGAGUUUGACUAUUGGGUCACAAAUCACACAGUCGAUUUUGAGUAUGAUGGACAAAAUUACCAACUUAUGAGGUAUACAGAUAUGUCGCAAGGACCCAGACCCGAAAGUUACAAAGAAGACAUUGACUGUGCUAAGCACUUUGACUCGCCCGAUAAGAAAGAGGAAUUGUACGCGGAACUAAAAGCAGCGGCGGAAUCAGGAUGGGACUUCUCGUCUAGAUGGUUCAUACUCAAUGGAACAAAUAAGGGGAAUCUAACAAACCUUAAGACUCGGUCGAUCAUCCCCGUUGACUUGAAUGCAAUAAUGUCUUGGAACGCUGAAUUAAUGGCUGACUUCCAUUCAAGACUUGGGAACACGGCGAAGGCAGAUUACUACAAAGAUGUUCACGCUUCAUUGUUGCAAGCUAUUGAAAAUGUCCUAUGGCAUGAGGACGUCGGUGCCUGGUUAGACUUUAACUUAGAGUCUAGACGUCGAAGAGACUAUUUCUAUCCUUCAAACAUCGCUCCUUUAUGGACUGGGUGCUAUGAUAGGGCGAGAAAGGAAUACUAUGUCAAUCGAGUCAUUAAUUAUUUGGAUAAAGUCAAGGUGGACAUCUUCGAAGGCGGUAUACCAACGACGUUUGAGCAUUCCGGAGAACAGUGGGACUAUCCCAAUGCCUGGCCUCCUCUGCAAUACAUUUUCGUGGUGGGAUUGGACAACACCGGCUUACCAGAGGCUAAACGAUUGGCCAAUGAAUUGGCUACGAAGUGGGUUCGGUCGAAUUUCGAGGUGUGGAAAGUGAAGACUGCUAUGUUGGAAAAGUAUGACGCGACGAUUUUCGGCGGAUUUGGUGGAGGCGGUGAAUAUGUACUGCAGACAGGUUUUGGAUGGACCAAUGGAGUGGUUAUGGCUCUGCUAAAUCGAUAUGGAGUUGGUGAAUUGGAUACUAUUUCGGUAGCUGACGCGUUCGGAACGAGCGAGUCGAGUGCGGUCGUCGGCGCGCACGUAGGCGCUGGGGGCGUGGCCACUGCGCUACUCAUUGUUAUGGCAUCCAUCGCAGCUGGAGCUUUAGGUUUGAUGGUGUAUAGAAAGCGAAGUGGAUACACGCCACUUUCAAAUGGGGAAGAUGUGAAGCUGCUCUCACGUAGACCUUACACAGAAUUACGGAGUCUCAAUGGAACUUCAGACCCCAGGCAACGGUGAACUUUACCAUGUACGCGUGCGAGUUUCAUUACAAAAUGGGACUCACACAGCGCUCCGUAGUAAACGGAAGCACGCAGUUCAAGUAGUAAGUAUGGAAAAUGUCAAACACAUUUGACAGACUUAUCAUAAAACUCGUGCUAUAGUGCAGAAGUACCAUGUACAACCUGCCUAGUAGCUCUCUUAUAAAACCAUCUAUUUGUUGAUUGUCUAUUCAAUUCAGAUGUAGAAAGCUCAGACUAUGCUCAAUAAGUAUACGAAAACAAAAAUAGAUGUCUCUCUCCAAAGCACACCGAACCAAAUGCACGGCCUCAUUGUAAAACGUCGACAGCCUUUGUUAGGCUCCUGUUACCAUGGCUACCAUUUGUUUAUGUCGUAACCAUGGUAACUGGAAGUCUAAUAAGGGCAACGCCAUUAAAUAGGAGUUUGUAUUAUACAAGUCUUCAUCGUGCUGUGAAAACUCAUGUAUAUAACUUUUUGUACAGUGUAGCGCGACCAAAAAGUAAUGAUAUUUGCUAUUUGAUCAAAAUAGAUUGUAUUCUAGCUUUUUAAAUUGAAAUUAGGCUUUUGACGGGCUUUUUGGGAUCAAUUAGGCUCAUUAUAUUGUAACGCGGGUUUAUUUAUGUGGAUCAAAGCUUUCAUAGUUUUUGAUCAAAGGAAUAUAGUGGUACCUCGACAUACGAAUUAAAUUCGCUCCGUAACCCUUCGUAUCUCAAGAUAUUUUCCCCAUUUAAAUGAAUUGAAAUGCCCUUCAUUCGUCCAGCACCCAAAACACCACCUCAGUUGUUUU